CCCUCGCAAUGUUGGCAGCAGUGUCGUGUAUUGCAAAUGGUGGAUUGCGUUACUUUUUCUCGUGCUCCGAGUAAAAUAUUUACGUAAAAUAGUGUAAAUUUGGUUGUGCAGUGUUUCUGACUUAUAUAAACAUGUCGGAAACACUGCCGAAUAAUAAAAAACAAGUACCAAGACAGCUGCGUGAACGCAAGCACAGGAAGCUUUACUCCGACGAGUGGGCGCUCGGCGAUGAUGAGGCGGAGGGCGGCCGGGGGUUUUCACUCGCCGAUAAGUUGGAGAGUCAAAGAUUCGAGCACACGGACGCAGUCCUGGAGAUGCAGGGCACCGAUCUCACUGUCACAUACUUGCAGAAGAAUGGUUUUACAACUCCCUUGCUGUUCAAAGAGAAAACUGGUCUAGGAUUGAGAGUACCGACGAGUAAUUUCACUGUGAACGAUGUGCGCAUGUGCGUCGGUUCGCGCCGUAUUCUCGACGUAAUGGAUGUCAACACACAGAAAAACAUCGAGAUGACCAUGAAGGAUUGGCAGCGUUACUAUGACGAUCCGAACAAAGAGCGUCUCUUGAACGUAAUCUCUCUGGAGUUUUCGCACACUCGCCUCGAGAACUACGUGCAAGCUCCGCGUAUUGUACGCCUGAUAGAUUGGGUCGAUACCGUCUGGCCUCGACAUUUGAAGGAUCAACAGACUGAAUCUACAAACGCACUCGAUGACAUGAUGUACCCAAAAGUCCAGAAGUACUGCCUUAUGUCUGUGAAGGGAUGUUACACAGAUUUCCACAUUGAUUUUGGCGGGACUUCCGUCUGGUAUCACAUUUUGAGAGGUGCAAAGGUGUUUUGGCUUAUUCCACCAACUGAAAAGAAUCUGCAACUCUAUGAAAAGUGGGUUCUGUCCGGCAAGCAGUCUGAUGUUUUCUUUGGUGACACAGUCGAGAAAUGCAUCAGAGUUCAUCUGCAAGCGGGCCACACCUUCUUUAUUCCGACGGGAUGGAUACACGCGGUGUACACUCCGAGCGACUCCCUUGUGUUUGGUGGAAAUUUCCUUCAUCAGUUUGGCAUUGAAAAACAGUUGAAAAUCGCACAAGUCGAAGACGUAACUAAGGUCCCACAAAAGUUCAGAUACCCAUUCUUCACGGAGAUGCUGUGGUACGUGCUGGACCGGUACGUGUCCGCGUUGCUGGGUCGCUCGCACCUCGCGCCAGAGUGUCAGGCCUUGCCUCUCAACGCGCCCUCUGAACAUGUUCACCUUACACAGAAUGAACUGCACGGACUCAAGGCUAUAGUUAUGUAUCUGCAUCAGCUACCAGCGGCUCGCAAGUCGGUACCCGAAUUACUCUCGGAUCCCAUUGCUCUGGUGAAAGACGUUCGCACUCUGGUCGAACAACAUCGUCAUGAUAAACAGCACUUGGCCGUUACUGGAGUUCCAGUACUCAAAGGUCCAGAGGAGCCUCCCCUGACAGAGCGUCGCGGUGGUGGUGGGGGGCGCGGGGGGCGCGGCGGUGGGAGGGGAGGCGCGCGGCCACGCCCCGAACACGCCAACUCUGCUCCGCGACGCCGAAGGACUAGGUGUAAGAAGUGCGAGGCUUGUCAACGUACCGAUUGUGGAGAAUGCGUCUUUUGUCAUGAUAUGGUUAAGUUCGGUGGUCAAGGACGUGCAAAACAAACGUGUAUCAUGCGACAGUGUCUACAGCCGAUGUUACCAGUGACGGCUUCCUGUGCGGUGUGUCAUUUGGACGGCUGGAUGCAAACGCCGGUUGCGCCCCAAGCAAAGGGUAACUCCGGUCGUAACGGUCCGUCGUCUCUGCGCGAGUGCUCGGUGUGCUACAGCAUCGUGCAUCCGGCCUGCGUGCCCCCCGGCGGACAACUCAACGAGGAUCUGCCCAACUCCUGGGAGUGUCCCACUUGCACCACCAUGGGACUCAACCACGAUUACAAGCCUCGACACUUUCGAGCUCGGCAAAAGUCAUCAGACAUACGCCGGAUGAGUGUCAGCUCCGACGCCAGUCAACUCAGUCAUCACGGAGUGCAGAACAAGCUGCCACCGCCGCUAACUCCCGUCACAACGAAGAUAGAUGGAGGCUCUGAUAACGAAGCCAAGAAUGACGUCCCACACAUCAAAUCGGAAGAGGAUAUAAAGCGGGAAGAGGAAGAAGAAAAUUGCGUGGGCGGGGAAGAAUCCGGUUCAUGGGAGCCGCCGGGCAAAAAACGUCGCUCUUCUGAUGACGAUGAAGCGCCCAAGAAACAAGCGUUACGGGCUCACCUGGCCUUGCAGCUCACCCAUCACACCGCCAAGUUAUUGAAGAAGCCGAUGUACCCGGUUCGUCCUGCGCUCGCGGCCGGCACCGCGGGAGGCUCGGGCUCGCCGUGGUUGGAUCGAGAGGCGAUGCUCUGUGUCUUCGCGAAGUUGACACCGCACGAGCUGGCCACUUGUGCGCUCGUCUGUAAAGCCUGGGCCGAAUAUUCGAUGGAUCCGUCCUUGUGGCGCAGCAUGUCGUUUGUACAAGUGCGCGUCUCGGCGGCGCAGUUGGCCGGGAUCGCUCGUCGACAGCCGCUCUCGCUCGGCCUAGAGUGGUGCCAUCUCGCCAGGAGACAACUGGCUUGGUUGUUAGCCCGGCUGCCUGCACUGCGCUCUCUGUCGCUGGCCGGGUCCGCAGCUGAGGCCGCGCUCGCACUGCGCUCGGCGAGCUGCCCCCCUCUGCGGGCGCUGGACCUCUCGUUUGCUCGCUGCCUCGACGACGCUAAGCUGCGCGGGAUACUGGCGCCCCCGGAGAACUCGCGGCCGGGGGGCGGAGCCCGAGCCGGGGAGCCCAGUCGCCUGGCCGCACUCGCUGUACUGCGUCUGCCCGGAACUGACAUCACAGAUGUAGCAAUGAGAUAUGUUGUACAGACACUACCCAAACUGGUGGAACUGGAUGCGUCGUCGUGCGCCCGACUCACGGACGCAGGUGCGGCGCAGUUAGCGCAUCACUCGCUACAACGACUCUCGCUGGCCGGCUGCCGGCUGCUCACGGAGGCUGCUUUAGAUCAUCUCGCGCGCUGCCCCAAUCUUGUUAGAUUGGAUCUCCGACAUGUCCCUCUCGUAUCGACACAGGCUGUGAUUAAGUUUGCUGCCAAAUCCAAACAUAACCUUCACGUUAAGGAUGUUAAGCUGGUUGAACUGCGGAAAACCUGAUCCGAGGAGGGCGGGGACCCGGACCCCUCGCCUGUGCCUGAACCUCAGUCCGAACCCGAGCCCGAGUCUGAGGCUGCAUAAAUAUUAUGUGAUAAAAGUGAUGUGCUGUGUGUUGCUGUGACGAGUGUAAACCUUGAUAAGGGUUGAUCUACAAAGUUAAUCGAUUAAAAGUCUGUCUGGCUCAGUGUAAACAAAUAUUACGAAACAGUUUUUGUCAUUUUGUGUGCAAUGAGGGCCAUAAUCUUGGUAUCGAAUCCGAUAAUCUCGUUACUCGCAUGCGAGAUUGCUCUAAUGGGCUCGAUUACUGAUGUAGUUACAUUCAGUGUAAUUUUCUGUAGUGUGUGUGUGUGCUAUUAAGUGUGCUCGAAUUUAAAAUGUGUAACAUAUCAUGCAGUCUGUGGCAUCAACACACAGCUGAGGUUAUUAUAUGCAAAGACUAAAGUCAUACACUGGUACUAUUGAUGAAGUGAUACGAUUUCUAAUUAGAAAAUAUGUUAUUAUUAGGUAAAUGUUUCAGCUGUAUUCAUGUUUUCUUUUAAGUUAAUUCUCAAAGAUAUAGUGCCAACAUUUAUAGUUUCUAGCAUAUUGGAUAAAAGCACAUUUUCCAAUGCACAAUCGACCAUAAAAGUGAAUGUUAUGUAAAGUUUACACAUAUAUAUAUAUAUUUAAUUUUAUUGCAUACUGUUGCAUUGAUACUAUAUUUUAUUGGGAUUUUGGGCGCAUUUCGUUCUUUGUUCAAGUACAUAGUGUCUGAUCUCUAUCUGUUUUAUUUUUCUCAUCAAAACUUCGAUCUGCAGAAGCUACAUUAAUUUAGCACCGAGAAUGUAGACCAAAGCAUAACUUGUGACUUCAUUCGUAGUUUGCAUACCCGAAAGUUAGAAAUAACUAAAUUAAAAUGAUUAUUGGGAAACUUUUUCUCUUUGGCGCAAAUAGCCACAGUGUGUAGUAUGUUUGUGCAAUGUUGUUAUACAUGAAGCAGAUUAUAUAACUACGAAUGAAAACAUAUUUGCAAUAAUAUUUUUAUGUAAAAUAACUGUAAAACCCUGCAAUAUGUAAAUAGACGAAAAGUAUUUAUAUUAAGUAUAUCAAAAACCAUUUUAUUUUCAUGACAAUUCAAAAUUGCUGAGGUUGAACGUCUUUUAGAUCUAGUCGCUUUUAGGUUAAUUGUACUGAUGUGUUACGAUAAUUAUUUUAAUCGUAUGGAUCGGUGGCAAAAACUUUAGUAAUUUUGACGAAUGCUAUGAUAUGGAAUAAGUGGUUCUUUUUCUAAAUCUGUUCCUAUUGUAGUAUUGUAUGUGCAUUAUAUGGUACGAAAAAGUAUUUGAAAGAUUAUUUUGAAGAAUCAGUAGUGUGUAAUCGCUAUGUAGUUUUGUGUCCGAGCAUGUUUGUCGAAAGUUAAUAUUGAUUAUUUUAGAUGAUUGACAAUUGAAAGUAUUUUAAUAUCCAUGUUAAAACGGUAGUAUAUAAGGAACCGACUCUGGUCGAUUUUAUUAAGGGGCCGCCUAUAGAAUAAUAUUCAGAACACAAUAAUCUCACGAUAAGCGUUCGCUCGUGAAGUUCUAUUGAUAAUAGAAAAGCUCUGUUGAUAAGUUACACUAUAAAAAGUAACAUUUAGAAGUGAACGCGUGUUCUCGGUACUUUUAGUUGAGAUUAGAAAUAAGUGAUUGGAGUGACAUUUUUACUUAGAAAAAUAAGCUCUAGGAGGUCGAGCUAGAUUCUAAGGAUAUGUGCCUCUGUGUAGACAAUCAUUAUGUAGGAUAAUAAGCUUCUUCUUACAAUAUAAUAUUGAUAAUAAUAUCAUUAUUUACAUGUGUUGAAAUUUAUAAUUAAAUUAACGAAUGUUCGUCCUGUGUCGGUGUGAAUAAGCAGAGAUUACAUUUUGUAAAAUUUAAUAAAAUUCUAUAUAUAUACUAUAUACAUGUACAUAUAUCGUAAUAAUGAUGUUAUUACAGAAUUAUUUUGUAAUAUAAAUUAGUAAAUAUUCUAGUUUUUUAAGUGGCCUUUGUGCGUGAUUGUAUUAGACCAAUUUGUCGUGACACCGACAAUUGUUGGCGGAGAGGUGACGUCAGGAGCCAAUGGAAGUAAACUAAAUAAUUAAAUGUUAUGUGAACUUGUGUUGAGCCCGAUUGUAUCAUUGGUUACCAUAAGCACCCCCUAGUUAUUUACCAUUGAAAUAAAAAUAUUUACAACCGU